AUGUGGUCCGCCUUUGCAAGCUCCGAAGCCUCAGCCCGAGUCUUGCUGACCCCAGCAAAUCCUUCAGAGACAGAAAGAAGACCAACACAACCACACUUCUUCUGUAGGCUGACCUGGCUGCUGUGCGUGGCCUUGGCCGCUGCGGAUGAGUGCGCACUCCGAACGGACUGCGCGGCCUGCCAGGAUCCGCUUGUCCGUCAGGAGCUUUUUCCGGCCUGCACGUGGUGUAGCAGCUCGGGUUUUUGCGCCUCCACGCCAGAGCCGAUCACUGCUUACCUGUUGGAAAACCCAUCGAGCACGUUGGUGCGUUAUUACGCACUGCUGUCGUACUCGACUGCCGAGUUCGAAGCCAGCUUUCCCGACGGCUUUCAAGCGCGAGAGCACUUCCUUUUCCUCAAUGACACCAGCUGUGGCCUCUGGCUUAACGGCCGGAUGUCCUGUUUUCUGGACCGUCCGAGUGACCUGCCGAACUGGUCUCCCUGCUACAACCUUUCCAUCUCCGAGUGCUUGGAGGUGCAACACGAGAACGGUGGCUGUGGUUAUUGCCUCGGCCCGGAUGGCGGAUGCCUCCCAGGAACGAGAAGUGGCAAGGCUCUCUUUCACCAGCGUGGCGAGAGCCCAAGCUGCGCGGCGCCGGACAGUGAGGAGCCAUUUCGCGAGGAGCCAGACGCCGCGAACGCGGAAGGAGUCUGGCUGUUCACCGGUGGCAAGCCAGCGGAGGCCCCGCUGUUCCAGAGUUGCUUCGAAGGCCAAGCCAGGUAUGUCUCCAGAGAGGGGAUGCUUGUGAUGGGCAAUGCCUCCUACGGCGUGAGCUACGGCGAAGAUCUCCGCUGCUCCUGGGAGAUCUGGCCUUCGGGCCAGGAGGCGGAGGGGACGUUGUUGUUGAAGAUCAACGUCACGUCGCUGCGGUACGAUGGGGACUACCUGGAGCUUAUCCGCUUGGACUACAACGGCAGUGCCGUCUCCGGGUCGUCGAUGCUCGCGCGGGGAAGCGCCUUCCUCUCCUCGGAGGUAGACGGACCCGUGCGAGUCGAAUUCCGCUCAUUUAGAGAUGACGGAAGCAGGGCGCGCCUGCUGGAUCUUGGUAUUUGGUCCGUGGAGUGGAGCUACAAGGCACCGGUUCCCGUCACCACCGAUCGGCCCCUUCAGUAUGCAGCCGAGAGCGGGCCGAUCAACCUUCGGAACCGGUGGCAGACAGCAACACAGGUCGCGAUCGUCGCAAUGUUCUUUUUCAUGUCCCUGCCGUUUAUCUACGGGGGCUGCUGGCUGUGGAAACGUUGGCGCCGUGGCCCCCCGGAGCCCCGUUCCGCACAGGUCCCUGCUGGUCUGGACUUGAAGGGGCUGGAAGACCUCCACCCGAGUUGCAAGCCGCAGGUGCUGGGUGCGUCGGUGGCUUCUCAGCUCGCUUGCAGUGUUUGCCUGAGCAACUUUCAGCCCGACGACGUCUGCAGGAAGUUGCCGUGCGACCACUACUUCCACCAGGAGUGCAUCGACGCAUGGCUGAAGAAGGCCAGGAACUGCCCGACCUGCCGGGGCGACGUCCUGGGCAUGCAGGAGAUCAGAAUGACUGGCCAUGAUCCGGAAGCUGCCCUGCCCGAAGAUGUUACCGUCCAGAGUACGGCGGCCGUCGAAGAAGCUGAAGUGCCUGGCCAGAGGACGGGCGAUGAUCAUGGCACAGAGCAGAUUUCGGAUGGCCCUGAAAGAAUGAUGGCCAUAUGA